CAACCAUGGCGGAGACGACCAAGGUCCUUGCGCUCGGCCAGCAAAGCAUCGCCGAGGUGCUCGCCAAGGACGCGAACGAAGACCCACGCACGACGUGGGGCGAGGCUAAGCUGUCGCAUGGCGUCCUAGUCUCGCGGGGCGUCGUCGCGGGCAAUGCGUGGAACUGCAUCAAGGCGACGGCGACGAUCGGCUGCGCGGCCGAGGUCUUGGCCGCCAAGCUCGCCGACGCCGACGAGAUGAGCACGUUUGACGAGAUGACUGACAACUGCCGCGUGCUCAGAGACCUCGGUGCAACGUCGGUCCGGUACGUGCAGGCCAAGCCCGUAUUCCCAACCACCGCGCGCGACUUCCUCGUCGUGACCUGCAAGCAGGUCGUCGGCGACGCGAUCGUCAUUGGCACCAAGUCGAUCGAGCUCCCAAGCAUGCCCGAGAACCCGUCGUUCGUUCGCGCCCACACGCACAUCUCGGGCUACAUCCUCCGACCCAUCACUGCGCACUCGUGCCAGGUGACACUCAUCGUGCACAUGGACCUCGGCGGUCACAUGCCACCCGCGGUCAUCAACCUUCUCUCCUCGACGUCGCCCGUGAAGCUACUCAACCACCUUCAGCACCUCUACGGCCAAGCAGUGUAGGCGUUGAUGCGCUUUCAA